AUACAUUAGUACUACAUCAGAGCCCUCUCAUAUACAAUGGUGAUAUGAACGCAUUCCCCUCCACUGUACACGUACCACCGCCAUCACGCCAAUUUCCUCAGACCCAGAGCACACCUCGCCGCCAUGCAGAGCUGCUUCCAAGUCACGCAGCGAGCAGUUCCUACAUUAGCAAAGCAAUGGCUUAUUGUCGUCAAAAAGCAUUAGCAGCAGCAGCGCGCAAAUUGGCGGCAUUUGCCGAGAGAACAUUCGUGUGGGAAGAAAGAAACAAGCAGUGAAUCUCCAUGCUUGCAUGAUUCCCAAAUACGGCUCCAGCUGCAAACAGAGAAAGGACGGCGGGCUCCUAGUUUGCGCAGUGUCCGCAUUCCGGAACGAAAAGCAGUGCAAGGAUUCGCAACUGCAUAUCAGCAGCCGAAUUGUGGCUCGCAUCAACAAACAGAGCAUCGUGGUGUGCUGUGGAACUUACAGUUGGCCCUCAACGCCCUCUGCCGCCUUAGCCUCUGAAGCGACGGCGUCCAGUGCACGCGCACGAAUCUGCGCAUACAUGGCAGCAUCGGAGCAGAGCGAGUCCCAGCUCGUGAAUGCACCAUCGCCGGGCCAGGGCUGGUCGGCGCCGUCUGGCAUGCUGGCCAAUCGCUGCGAAGCCUCUGAUGCAGGGCUAUUUUCGUUCAUGCCCGUCGCCGCCGAUCGCCUAUAUGGGAGUGGGCUGAAUCCACUCUUGCCAAUCUGGGACGCGGCGUCGAGCAGCUGCCGGAGCGAUAGUGCAAGUGUAUCGCCUGGGUGGAUGACCUGCCUGCCUCCGUCUGUUGCUGCCGCCGCACUCGUCUCCGCUACCUGAUUCCAGGCCACUCUACAUGCAAAAAAGCCCAGCGAUUUGCAGUUUGU